CCCAGUUUCUUCCAUCACAUCAUCACCGUUUCCUCACAAAAAUCUUCUCAUCGACGGUUAUUCUCUUUCUAUUUUCUUCCAAAUCUCAACCAUGGCAGCCACCACCGCCAAACCCAAGAAAACCACCACUUCUUCUAAGAAACCUCUCUCUCAUCCAACUUACGCAGAGAUGAUAACUGAUGCAAUCGUGAGCCUGAAAGAACGAACGGGAUCAAGCCAAUACGCGAUAACAAAAUUCAUCGAAGAGAAACACAAGGAGUUAUCACCAACCUACCGUAAGCUUGUUCUUCUCCAUCUCAAAAAACUAGUCGCUUCUGAAAAACUCGUUAAGGUCAAAAACUCCUUCAAACUCGCACCGGCUACUAAGACUUCCGCUGCUCCGGCGAAGGCUAAAUCUGCUGCGGCGAAACCUAAGGCUGCUACCAAGCCAGCCGCCAAGGCUGCUACCAAGCCAGCCGCCAAGGCUGCUACCAAGGCUAAGGCGCCUAAGGCUAAAGCUGCAGUGAAACCUAAGGCUGUAGCGAAGCCGAAAGCUAAGAGUGUUAAGGCGGCGACGCCAGUGAAGAAGGCGGUUAAGAAGGUUCCUGUGAAGAAGCCGAAGAGCGUGAAAUCGCCGGUGAAGAAGGUUAAGAAGGCGAAGAAGUGAUGAAUUAGGGUUUGUUUGGGUUUGAUUUGGGGAUUUUAGUGAUGUGUGUAGUUUCUGAGUUUAUUAGAGAUUAUGAUAUAAUAUUAGGAGGUUGUUUAUGUAAAUUCAUUUAGUAGAAAUGAAACACACCUUGUGUUCUUUGUAAUGGAAACCAUCCCUAAUGAAUGAAUCAGGUUUUCUGUUUUAAA